GGGAGGGGGGGGGGGGAUUGCUCACUCCUCAGUUCGAUCGUUUCAACUCACUGGCGCGCUUCGCAUUAACGCAUUUUUCUCGUUCCAUGGGUGUGAAGACCAGGGGAUCAUACGACACAACCGCCUGCUGUGCGGAGGCAGUGAUAGUCAUGGUGAAAAGCUAUGAUCAUGCUCGUUUAUAAUGAUCAGAUAACGCUUACAUGUGCUUUCAUAUCAGGCUGGCUCAGUUCCAAAAUUAAUACAAGAUUACGCUUUGCUCGGAUUUAAGUGACUUGUUAAUAAGCACAACUGACAUAGUUUCUUUCUGCACCCUGCCACCAAUAGAUGCGGACUCUUCCUAAAAUGCGUUUGAAAGGCAUAUUUUUACUCCUGUCUUUGGGAGCGUUCACCGCAUAUUAUGUUUACCAGCCCAUCCCGGACAAGAUAGAGGAGAGAUGGAAACUCAUGUUGACCGACUGCUUCUUCAGAAGUCUCAGCCACCUGGUAAGAAUAAUGCAAGAAUGGAUUUUUCAAUAAAAUAGAAUAUUCGUUUUUGAUUCAGAUUUUUUUUUUUUAGGCAGACUUAUCCUGUUGAUGUGUUUAAUAUUGUUGUGAAGUUGCUAUUAUAGAGGGAUCGUACUCAAAGCUGCGCUUCUCGGAUGUGCGUGGGAGUCAUGCCUAAAAUACAUGUAUGGUUUUAAGAUGUUAUUGUUUGACUAGAAUUACAAGGUUAUUGGCCAGUCCUUUGGCAUGGUAAAUAGACUUGGUAAAUAGCCUAGUAGCCUAUAGUCUAGUAAAUGUAUUCCGCUGAGGUUGAUGUGUACAUGCAGACAUGCUGAAUGACAGUUACACCAGAUUAUGUCAGACGGUAAUCCAGGUAUUGUAGUCUUGCUCACCUGUUCUAAUUAUAGAUCCUAUUAAGAAAAUCGAUGAAGUAUUUAUGAACGGAUGAACACCAGAUUAGAUGACUGUUUAUACCCCAGCAUUCAUGACACAGAGGUGUUUAUCGAUUUAGAUAUGAUAUAAUUCAACAUUGUAUUUAUUAUUUCAAAUUAUAAAAUAUUAUAUUAUAAAGAGAACAAUGGGUUAAACCAGACUGAAUUCCCUCUAACUAGAAUUAUUAACUUUUAUUAAGCAGACAAUAUUUCACUUUGUCCAUGUUGAGUGAGAGAAGUGAAACAAAUAUAUUUUGUUCAUGGGGGCCAACGGGUGAACUCCCCCUGCUAUUCAGUCACCUACUAUUAUGAAAUCUCGACAGCUUAAUUAUCCACGGUCCUGCCUGUCUCUGUCCAAGACCAAGGACCAGGCCUUUUCUGACACAUAUUUGGCCGGUGCAUGGCACGCGUAUAAAUACCAACAGGGAACCUUGACUGAAUGGAUUUGUGAGGAAACGUAGUGUAAAAGCUCCGAAAAGGCAAACGUAAUUUGAAAUAAUCUACCCAGGUUUACUGGGACCUGGUGUCACGGACAGACGCACGAGACCCUUUCUCCUCCUAUACAAGCCCAGAGCAGAAUACAUCAGCUCUGACACCCCCCUCUGGCUAGAAAGUGACAACGUUACACAAUGCACAGAUCUAGCAGCUUAUCCUCACCAAAUCCUUAUACAUAAGGGGGUAACACAACACUUUAAGAUCAGUGGAUUUAGGGGCGACUUCGUCCUACUCUGAAGAGCACGGGCAGGGGAUGAGGAGAUGUCAGUAGUCAGCUGAUCGGCCCCGGUCAACCCCUGAUUGGCCCCGGUCAACCCCUGAUUGGCCCCGGUCAACUCCUGAUUGGCCCCGGUCAACUCCUGAUUGGCCCCGGUCAACCCCUGAUUGGCCCCGGUCAACCCCUGGCACCUUUUUUUAUUGGUAGUAGAAUCCUAAAGGAUCCCAUAAGACAAAACCAUAUAGGAUAGAAUCUCAUAGGAGUCCAAUAGGACUGGUUCCAAAAUCUGAUAUAAUAUUUCUAUUUGAUUGUAAUUGUAAUCCAAUUGGAUUAUUGUAUUGGAAUCCUAUAGGAUCCUAUAGGAUGUCAAUGUUUUUUUAUUCUUAUAGGAUUUCUAUUAACGUUGUCAAUGGGAAUUGUAUAGAUAUUUACAUUAUAUUCUAAAGGAUUUCUCUUCUAAACUUGGCUAUACACUGUUGUUAACUUGGCCGCUUAACAAAUGGAGCACCCACCCUCCAAACCUCUUAGACAAUUACUUAUGAAGGUGGAACGUGAACUAUAAUAACAUCAUAAGCAACCAAUAUUGUACUGCCACACUUGCCACUUGUGAUGGUGACCCUAUAGUGGGGAACCGCCGGCAAUGUCCCCUCUUCCCAGUAGCUAUCUUGUGCAGCCCCACCCCCCCCCCCCCCAAGGUUCAGAGGUCGAGGCAGGUAGGGAGGGAGAGUGGGUGGUACAACCCUGGGAGGGAGAGAGGGACGGAGGGGAAGGAGACAGGUAGGGAAGGAGUUGAUGUUUCAUUAUCUUUUGGUUUUUAUUUUCCUCUCCCUGUCCCAACAUAAAGAGGGUAAAUGGAACAUUCUGUUUUCCUCUGCCUGUCCCAAACAUAAAGAGGGUAAAUGGAACAUUCCUGUUUUCCUCUGCCUGUCCCAAAUAAAGAGGGUAAAUGGAACAUUCUGUUUUCCCUCUGCCUGUCCCAACAUAAAGAGGGUAAAUGGAACAUUUGUUUUCCUCUGCCUGUCCCCAACAUAAAGGGUGUGGAACAUUCUGUUUUCCUCUGCCUGUCCCAACAUAAAGAGGGAGUGGAACAUUCUGUUUUCCUCUGCCUGUCCCAACAUAAGAGGGUAAAUGGAACAUUCUGUUUUCCUCUGCCUGUCCCAACAUAAGGAGGGUAAUGGAACAUUCUUUUUCCUCUGCCUGUCCCAACAUAAAGAGGGUAGUGGAACAUCUUUUUCUCUGCCUGUCCAACAUAAAGAGGGAAAUGGAACAUUCUGUUUCCUCUGCCUGUCCCAACAUAAGAGGGUAAUGGAAUUCUGUUUUCCUCUGCCUGUCCCAACUAAAGAGGGUAAAUGGAACCAUUCUGUUUGCCUCUGCCUGUCCCACAUAAAGAGGUAGUGUGAACAUUCUGUUUUCCUCUGCUUUCCCAAGAGGGUGUGGAACCAUCUGUUUCCUCUGCCUGUCCCAACUAAAAGGGUAGUGGAAAUUCGUUUUCUCUGCCUGUCCCAACAUACAACGAGGGUAAUGGAACAUUCUGUUUUCCUCUGCCUGUCCCAACAUAAAGAGGGUAAAUGGAACAUUCUGUUUUCCUCUGCCUGUCCCAACAUAAAGAGGGUAAAUGGAACAUUCUGUUUUCCUCUGCCUGUCCCAACAUAAAGAGGGUAAAUGGAACAUUCUGUUUUCCUCUGCCUGUCCCAACAUAAGAGGGUAGUGGGAACAUUCUGUUUUCCUCUGCCUGUCCCAACAUAAAGAGGGUAAAUGGAACAUUCUGUUUUCCUCUGCCUGUCCCAACACAAAGAGGGUAGUGGGAACAUUCUGUUUUCCUCUGCCUGUCCCAACAUAAAGAGGGUAGUGGGAACAUUCUGUUUUCCUCUACCUGUCCCAACAUAAAGAGGGUAGUGGGAACAUUCUGUUUUCCUCUGCCUGUCCCAACACAAAGAGGGUAGUGGGAACAUUCUGUUUUCCUCUGCCUGUCCCAACAUAAAGAGGGUAAAUGGAACAUUCUGUUUUCCUCUGCCUGUCCCAACAUAAAGAGGGUAGUGGGAACAUUCUGUUUUCCUCUGCCUGUCCCAACAUAAAGAGGGUAAAUGGAACAUUCUGUUUUCCUCUGCCUGUCCCAACAUAAAGAGGGUAGUGGGAACAUUCUGUUUUCCUCUGCCUGUCCCACAUAAAGAGGGUAAAUGGAACAUUCUGUUUUCCUCUGCCUGUCCCAACAUAAAGAGGGUAGUGGGAACAUUCUGUUUUCCCUCUGCCUGUCCCAACACAAAGAGGGUAGUGGGAACAUUCUGUUUCCUCUGCCUGUCCCAACAUAAAGAGGGUAGUGGGAACAUUCUGUUUUCCUCUACCUGUCCCAACAUAAAGAGGGUAGUGGGAACAUUCUGUUUUCCUCUGCCUGUCCCAACAUAAAGAGGGUAGUGGGAACAUUCUGUUUUCCUCUGCCUGUCCCAACAUAAAGUGGGUAAAUGGAACAUUCUGUUUUCCUCUGCCUGUCCCAACAUAAAGAGGGUAGUGGGAACAUUCUGUUUUCCUCUGCCUGUCCCAACAUAAAGAGGGUAGUGGGAAAAUUCUGUUUUCCUCUGCCUGUCCCAACAUAAAGAGGGUAGUGGGAAAAUUCUGUUUUCCUCUGCCUGUCCCAACAUAAAGAGGGUAAAUGGAACAUUCUGUUUGCCUCUGCCUGUCCCAACAUAAAGAGGGUAGUGGGAACAUUCUGUUUUCCUCUGCCUGUCCCAACAUAAAGAGGGUAGUGGGAACAUUCUGUUUUCCUCUGCCUGUCCCAACAUAAAGAGGGUAGUGGGAACAUUCUGUUUUCCUCUGCCUGUCCCAACAUAAAGAGGGUAGUGGGAACAUUCUGUUUUCCUCUGCCUGUCCCAACACAAAGAGGGUAGUGGGAACAUUCUGUUUUCCUCUGCCUGUCCCAACAUAAAGAGGGUAAAUGGAACAUUCUGUUUUCCUCUGCCUGUCCCAACAUAAAGAGGGUAAAUGGAACAUUCUGUUUUCCUCUGCCUGUCCCAACAUAAAGAGGGUAAAUGGAACAUUCUGUUUUCCUCUGCCUGUCCCAACAUAAAGAGGGUAAAUGGAACAUUCUGUUUUCCUCUGCCUGUCCCAACAUAAAGAGGGUAGUGGGAACAUUCUGUUUUCCUCUGCCUGUCCCAACAUAAAGAGGGUAAAGGGAACAUUCUGUUUUCCUCUGCCUGUCCCAACAUAAAGAGGGUAAAUGGAACAUUCUGUUUUCCUCUGCCUGUCCCAACAUAAAGAGGGUAGUGGGAACAUUCUGUUUUCCUCUGCCUGUCCUAACAUAAAGAGGGUAGUGGGAACCCAACAUAAAGAGGGUAGUGGGAACAUUCUGUUUUCCUCUGCCUGUCCCAACAUAAAGAGGGUAGUAGGAACAUUCUCUUCUUGGUAUGCAUAGCUGACCAUUCUAUAUUAAAUGAAAAUAAUGCCCAAAUCUUUGUUUUACUGUACCUAAAAACAUAUUUAGUCAUAUUUUUUGUAUUUACAUAUAGGCUGUGCAUUCAAAAUCUUGUGUUAUUUUAACAUUGAUUCCACUGAGGUUGAUGUGCACAUGCAGACAUGCUGAAUGACAGUUACAGCAGAUCAUGUCAAACGGUAAUCCAGGUAUUUGUAGUCCUGCUGAUCUGUUCUAAUUAUAGACCCUAUUAAGAAAAUCGAUGCUGUACUUAUGAACGGAAGACCACCAAAUUAGACGACUGUUUAUACCCCAGCAUGACUCCAGAGGUGUUUGGUGAUGUAGAUACGAUACACACAGCAAAUUUGCAAUCAGAACGUGAACACCACCCCAGUGUUACAUCUAACACUUUCUGAUGUGACCAUCUCAAAUAAUGUUAAACUAAUACUUUUCAAAGUGUUGAUAAACAAACACCCCAAGAGUGUUGGGUCUCUAACACCCGUGGGUGUUGUAAAUUCCAACUUAACUUAAACCUUUAGAGCUGAUGCAGUUACACGUUCCCAUACCACUGUUUUAGGGUAACACUAGGCUGUUGAAGUAUGGUGUUGUAAAAAAAAAAGCAAUGUAUGGGACCACCCAUACACAAAAAACAUAUGCACGCAUGACUGUAAGUCGCUUUGGAUAAAAGCGUCUGCUAAAUGGCAUAUUAUUAUUAUUAUUAUUAUAAAUAAUUACAUUUUUAUGAUAAACAUUCCCUUAGGCGGGCACUCACUUGGUGAAGGCUACAGGACUGCAAGCCAUACAAUAAUGCAACAAUAAUGUUUCUGUCACAAUAGCCAAAAAAAAAAACGAAUUACUGUAACACCACAGGUGUUAAUUCCCUAACGCUGAAACGUCUGGUUUGCAGGCCACAUCGGCAAAUCUCAAUAUGCUGGCUUGCAAAAAGUGUUAUAUAAUUCCUAUUGGAAUCCAGCCAGAGAUAGGAUAGCCAACUAUUUGAACUUUGAAUCACCCGCAACUGCAGUUAGAGUGGCUCUCAAGGUAGGGAAGGUUGAUAAAUGAGACUACUUAAACUGGAACAACCAAUUCAAUUACGUGUGAAAAAGUCCAACCACUUAUAGAUUGGAUUAGUUUAGGAAAAUGUAUGUUAUUUAUCUUUGUGUAGUAUAAGAUCAAUUAGUCAAUCAAUGUGCAUGCAGAAAGCUAUGUAUUAAAACAAACUACUCUAAAAAGCAACCUGCAUCAAUGCAUGUUGAGAAAUAUGAUAACGAGGCCUCUCCGAUGUCUUUUUCACUCUGAGAGAGUUAACGGAAAUGAACUCAACACAGUCGAAUAACAACACCUACGCAGUGUUGAUUCCACUGUGAUUCAAAUAACACUUCGUUUAUUCACAGCAGGUGGUGUCAAUUACAAUCCCACUGGUGUUAACCCCACUAGAAUCAACACUCAGAUAUAACACUGGUGUUAACCCCACUAGACUCAACAUUCAGAUAUAACACUGGUGUUAACCCCACUAGACUCAACAUUCAGAUAUAACACUGGUGUUAUCCCCACUAGACUCAAUACUCAGGUAUAACACUGGUGUUAACCCCACUAGACUCAAUACUCAGGUAUAACACUGGUGUUAACCCCACUAGAAUCAACACUCAGAUAUGACAUUGGUGUUAACCCCACUUGACUCAAUACUCAGGUAUAACACUGGUGUUAUCCCCACUAGACUCAACACACAGAUAUGACACUGGUGUUAACCCCACUAGAAUCACACUCAGAUGUUAUACUGGUGUUAACCCCACUAGAAUCAAUACUCAGGUAUAACACUGGUGUUAACCCCACUAGAAUCAACACUCAUAUAUAACAUUGGUGUUAACCCCACUAGACUCAACACUCAGAUAUAACAUUGGUGUUAACCCCACCUGACUCAAUACUCAGGUAUAACACUGGUGUUAUCCCCACUAGACUCAAUACUCAGAUAUGACAUUGGUGUUAACCCCACUAGACUCAAUACUCAGGUAUAACACUGGUGUUAACCCCACUAGACUCAAUACUCAGUUAUAACACUGGUGUUAACCCCACUAGACUCAACACUCAGAUAUAACAUUGGUGUUAACCCCACUAGACUCAACACUCAGAUAUAACACUGGUGUUAACCCCACUAGACUCAAUACCCAGGUAUAACACUGGUGUUAACCCCACUAGACUCAAUACUCAGGUAUAACACUGGUGUUAACCCCACUAGAAUCAACACUCAGAUAUAACAUUGGUGUUAACCCCACUAGAAUCAAUACUCAGGUAUAACACUAAUAACACCGAGAUUUUAACACCCGCAAAUUUGCUUUAGGAGGAGAAAGGGUCUAGUCUUCCUAGAAAGGUCCCUAGUCUGUCUGUGCCGCCUGGUCGCAACAGUAAACUUGGGUUGAUGAUUACGCUAGUGCUGAGCGAUUAACCAAAAUGUCUGUUAUUUUCCGGUUUUUAAACAACUAAUUUACCAUGUCAAUUCAAUUAUUUGAAUUACAUUUCGUUCAGUUUUUUUCCUGUGAGAUCAAUGCACAGUAUCUCUAGAGAUAAAUCGGAUCAAGACCGAACUGUGCGAUUUGGUAGUGAGUUGUAGUUUACCAACAGGUCAAUAUUCUACAUAGUUUAGCUCAGAAAAUUUUGUAAUUAACUACAAUGACCAUAAUCCAUUGCGCGCCUACUUGUCCGGUCUGUGUGCGGUAGACCAGAGAGGGAGAGAAGAAAUGCAUGAUGGAGAGGGUGUCAGGAUAAACGUGUAUGCGGUGAACGAAGUCAAGCGCAGGACACCGAGAGACUGGCAGAUGUACUUUACUAAUAAACGUAAUGCAAAGUACAAAACAACAAUACCUCCAAAACAGGGAGGAACAAUAAUCGCAAUACACAGUCCUGCCGAAAACAAACAGAGAACAAUCACACACAACAAACGAAUGACAGACAGGGGUUAUACAGGGAAACCAUCAACACUAAUGGGAAACAGGUGUACACAAAGCAGACCAAUCUAGAUGAUUGCUGAAACCUAGAUCGGUGGCAGCUAGUACUCCGGGGAUGACGAACGCCGAAGCCUGCCCGAGCAAGGAGGAGGAGCAGCCUCGGCUAAAUCCGUGACCGAGGGAUAGAGAGGAGUUGCUUAAUGAGGUAUUUCUACCUGAAAAUACAUGAUCUAAGUGAUUGGUAGUUGGUAUUCAGCUGUCAUAAACGUACUAUAUGCCUCAUUUACUUUGAAGAACUACUAAAAUAGUGAUUUAGUCAGACAGCAUAGGCAGCAGCUCUGUAGAGAUGAGAUGAUGACUUGGAAUGAAAUAAUAAAGUCAUCAAUUAAAACAAAUGUAAAAUACACAACACUGAAUAUUUUAUUAAAGUAAAGUAAUGUGAAUAAAUGAUGAUUAUAAAAGUGAUCAGCAGUAAUGGGCAGUCACUACCAUCAUGGGACUUUUAUUAAUUGUUUUAUUCUGUGUUGUUACAGCAUUCAACCCACAUAAUGCAUAGUCCAUUUAAUGUCAAUAAUAAUAAAAAACAAAAAAAUUAAAACCGAAAAAUCAUAAAUGGAACCGAAACAGGACUGACCUCAAAAUGCACGAAUCGCUCAGCACUAACGUUUACUCCAAAAUCCAUCCAAUCAAGAUUCCCUGUUGGUAUUUAUAUGGGUGAUCCAUCCAAUCAAGGUUCCCUGUUGGUAUUUAUAUGGGUGAUCCAUCCAAUCAAGGUUCCCUGUUGGUAUUUAUAUGGGUGAUCCAUCCAAUCAAGGUUCCCUGUUGGUACUUAUAUGGGUGAUCCAUCCAAUCAAGGUUCCCUGUUGGUAUUUAUACGGGUGAUCCAUCCAAUCAAGGUUCCCUGUUGGUAUUUAUAUGGGUGAUCCAUCCAAUCAAGGUUCCCUGUUGGUAUUUAUAUGGGUGAUCCAUCCAAUCAAGGUUCCCAGUUGGUAUUUAUAUGGGUGAUCCAUCCAAUCAAGGUUCCCUGUUGGUAUUUAUAUGGGUGAUCAAUCCAAUCAAGGUUCCCUGUUGGUAUUUAUACGGGUGCCAUGCACCAGCCAAAUAUGUGUCAGAAAAGGCCUGGUCUUUGCUCUUGGACAGAGACAGGCAGGACCGUGGAUAAUUAAGCUGUCGAGAUUUCAUAAAAAUAGGUGACUGAAUAGCAGGGGAAGUUCACCCGUUGGCCCCCAUGAUCAAAAUAUAUUUAUUUAAAUUCUCUCACUCAACAGGAAAUAUUGUCUCUCUCUAACCUCUAUCCCUGCCUCUCUCUCUACCUCUACCUCUAUCCCUGCCUCUCUCUCUAACCUCUAUCCCUGCCUCUCUCUCUAACCUCUAUCCCUGCCUCUCUCUCUAUCUCUAUCCCUGCCUCUCUCUCUACCCUCUAUCCCUGCCUCUCUCUCUACCUCUAUCCCUGCCUCUCUCUCUACCCCUAUCCCUGCCUCUCUCUCUACCCCUAUCCCCGCCUCUCUCUAACUACCCCUAUCCCCCGCCUCUCUCUCUAACCCCUAUCCCUCGCCUCUCUCUCUACCCCUCUAUCCCUGCCUCUCUCUACCCUAUCCCUGCCUCUCUUCUACCCUAUACCUGCCUCUCUCUCUACCCCUAUCCCCUGCCUCUCUCUCUACCCCUAUCCCCGCCUCCUCUCUCUAACCCUAUCCCGCCUCUCUCUCUACCCCCUAUCCCUGCCUCUCUCUCCUCUACCCUAAUCCCUGCCUCUCUCUAUCUAACCCCUAUCCCUGCCUCUCUCUACCCCUAUCCCUGCCUCUCUCUCUACCCCUAUCCCGCCUCUCUCUCUACCCCUAUCCCCGCCUCUCUCUCUACCCCUAUCCCUGCCUCUCUCUCUAACUCUAUCCCUCCCUGCCUCUCUCUCUAACCUCUAUCCCUGCCUCUCUCUCUACCCCUAUCCCUGCCUCUCUCUCUACCCUCUAUCCCUGCCUCUCUCUCUAACCUCUAUCCCUGCCUCACUCUCUACCUCUGCUCCAACAUACCUCUUCAUCUCUCUCUCUCUCCAGGCAGACUUCAGUGAACUGGUGGGGAUGAAGGACUACAUGGGGGUGAUGAUGUUCAUCACCUUUGCUGAGCGGGUGGUGCCCGUGUCAGACCAACAUGUGCACGUCACAGAGGAGCUGUUUGAUGGGGUGGAGGUGGUGGUGUACCAGCCCAAACUGCAGGACGGCAACACUGAGCUGAGGAGAGCAGUCAUAUACCUGCAUGGAGGAGGAUGGUGUCUGGGCAGCUCCAGUGAGUAGCAGUUAGUUGCUUGGUAAUGAAUCCAUCUACCAAGCAAGCAAUUAGUCAAGGCGUAUAUCUAUACAGUAUAUUUAUCCAUCCAUCCACUGAUCCAUUCACCAACAUCCAUCCAUCCAUCCAUCCAUCCAUGCACCCACCCGUCCACAAUGUAAUGUCGGAGAGGUUCAGUGGGCUGAAUGUCAGCACUGGGAACCCAGACAAGAAAUAACCAGCGAUAUGGGGGAGGGGAAUGGGUAGGCCAGAUGCAAAUUAAAGCUGCAAUAUGUAACUUUUUGGGUGACCUGACCAAAUUCACAGAGAAAUGUAAGUUAUAGAUCUGUCAUUCUUAUUGAAAGCAAGUCUAAGAAGUGGUAGAUCUGUUCUAUGUGCGACAUUAGCACUCAUAUUGGUAGCCAUGAAGUGCUUUGAAAGGCUGGUCAUGGCUCACAUCAACACCAUCAUCCUGGAAACCCUAGACCCUCUCUAAUUCGCAUACCGCCCCAACAGAUCCACAGAUGACGCAAUCGCAAUCGCACUCGACCUGCCCUUUCCCAUCUGGACAAAAGGAACACCUAUGUGAGAAUGCUCAUUGACUACAGCUCAGCGUUCAACACCAUAGUGCCCACAAAGCUCAUAACUAAGCUAAGGACCCAGGGACUAAACACCUCCCUCUGCAACUGGAUCCUGGACUUCCUGACGGGCCGCCCCCAGGUGGUAAGGGUAGGCAACAACACAUCUGCCACGCUGAUCCUCAAUACGGGGGUCCCUCUGGGGUGCUUGCUUUGUUCCCUCCUGUACUCUCUGUUCACCCACGACUGCGUGGCCAAGCACGACUCCAACACCAUUAUUAAAUUUGUUGACGACACAACGAUGAGACAUUCUAUAGGGAGGAGGUCAGAGACCUGGCAGUGUGGUGCCAGGACAACAACCUCUCCCUCAAUGUGAGAUGACCGUGGACUACAGGAAAAGGAGGGCCGAACAUGCCCCCAUUGACAUCAACGGGGCUGUAGUGGAGCGGGUCGAGAGUUUCAAAUUCCUUGGUGUCCACAUCACCAACAACCUAUCAUGGUCCAAACACACCAAGACAGUUGUGAAGAGGGCACGGCAACACCUUUUCCCACUCAGGAGCCUGAAAAGAUAUGGCAUGGGUCCCCUGAUCUUUAAAAGUUCUACAGCUGCACCAUCGAGUGCAUCCUGACCGGUUGCAUCACCGCCUGGUAUGGCAACUGCUCUGCAUCCGACCGUAAGGCGCUACAUAGGGUAAUGCGUACGGCCCAUUACAUAACUGGGGCCAAGCUUCCUGCCACCCAGGACCUAUAUACGUACUCGGCAGUGUCAGAGGAAGGCCCAAAAAAUUGUCAAAGACUCCAGUCACCCUAGUCAUAGACUGUUCUCUCUGCUACCGCACGGCAAGCAAUACCGGAGUACCAAGUCUAGGUCCAAAAGGCUUCUUAACAGCUUCUACCCCCAAGCCAUAAUACUGCUGAACAAUUAAUCAAAUGGCCAUCCGGACUAUUUACAUUGACACCCCCCCAUUUUACACUGCUGCUACUCGCUGUUUAUUAUCUAUGCAUAGUCACUUUACCCCUACCUACAUUUACAAAUUACCUGGACUAACCUGUACUCCCGCACAUUGACUCGGUACCGGUACCACCUGUAUAUAGCCUCGGUAUUGUUAUUUUAUUGUGUUGCUUUUAUUUAAUUUUUUACUUUAGUUUAUUUAGUAAAUAUUUUCUUAACUCUAUUUCUUGAAUUGCAUUGUUGGCUAAGGGCUUGUAAGUGAGUAUUUCAUGGUAAGGUCUACACCUGUUGUAUUCGGCGCAUGUGACAAAUACAAUUUGAUUUGAUUUGAUUCUAUGCUUCCCGUUCUUAAGUUUCGUAUUUGCGUCUUUUACUUUCAGAUUUGUAUACCAGCUUCAAACAGCUGAAAUACUAUAUUUUGACUUACGUAAAAUAUACAUUAUUUCACAGCGGUUUAGAUGGUACAAUGGUUCUCUAUACUAUACUUGCUUGUUUUGUCACAUAAACUGAAAUCAGGCCAACUAUUCAAAUUUUACCAACCAGGAAAUGGUAAAGCGAUUUCUGCAUAGUGCAUCUUUAAAUAAUGUAGUAUUUACUAUAGUUUUAAAAAAGUGUAGUGUUUUUGCGGACAUAACUGUAGUAUUUACUGCAGUGUUUUUGUUCGCAGAUAACACGGUAGUAUUUACUAUAGUAUUCUACAGUAUACUACAGUUUACUAUGGAAUUAAUAUACACUCUGUUCACCCUCCACCUCUCCUGAGGAAUGUACACUCUGUUCAAGCUGUUCAACACAGAGACCAUGGUAACCCCCUGGUAACCAAAGGCAAUUAUGUGACAUGCGACAAGUGUCAUGUUGUGCCUGCAAUCUGCUGUUUGUUUGUGUGUGUGUGUGUGUGUGUGUGUGUGUGUGUGUGUGUGUGUUUGUGUGUGACUUGCCAGGACUACAAGACUAUUGAGCAUGAGAUGCUCAAGAUACUGCUCAAGAUACUAUUGAGUACUUUGUAGCUGUUGACGAUGUAAGAUAUUAUUAGAUGAUAUUGUCUCUGACGGCUCUCUCUUCUCUCCUCUCUUUGUGUAGGAAUGGGACCAUACGACCUCCUAGCUAGGCAGAUGGUAAUGGAUCUUAACUCUGUGGUCGUGUCUGUAGAGUGAGUAUAUAUUUGAUGUACUGUAUAUCUGACAUACAUCUGGUAUCAAUGUUAUAUACAGUACCAGUCUUUUGGGGUUUAUUUAUUUUCCCUUUUUGUACUUUAACUAUUUGCACAUAAUAUGACAUUUGAAAUUCUUUUGGAACUUUUGUGAGUUUAAUGUUUACUGUUAAUAUUUAUUGUUUAAUUCACUUUUGUUUAUUAGCUAUUUCACUUGCUUUGGCAAUGUAAAUAUAUGUUUCCCAUGCCAAUAACGCCCUUAAAUUGAGAGAGAGAGAGAGAGAGAGAGAGAGAGAGAGAGAGAGAGAGAGAGAGAGAGAGAGAGAGAGAGAGAGAGAGAGAGAGAGAGAGAGAGAGAGAGAGACACAGAGAGAGACACAGAGAGAGACUGAGACACAGAGAGAGACUGAGACAGAGACAGAGAGCACUUUGUACACCACAUCACACCUGUGAUUCCCUCUGUGAAAGCAUGGCUGCAUGUGUGUGGGGGUAUUGUAUCUGUGCAAACUGCCAGCCAAAUUCCUGCCAACAAUGUGUCGACAUUCCAAUGCUUUCCAAAUGCGUUAGGUUCCAAACUGUUUUUAUAUAACUUGUGUGAUAACGUUAAUGGGCUGAGUCAUAUGACUGUACUAUGCAGUAUCAUUAUAUGACUUGCCUUUCAUCUCUAAACCAGCUCAUGAAAAACAAUGCUCUUGUAUCAGCUAGCCUUUGGUCCCUGAUUAGAUUGAUCACAUACAGUACACUGAUAAUACAGGAUUAGGAGGUUUUGCUUUAGUAAUGUCAACACAACAUGACAAGUUAGAAGUACUGUAGUGUAAUUAACCCCUGGGUCACAACCAGCGAGUCAGAGAUACUUUAUGUCUAAACUAGUUGGAUGUCGUUUUAGAUCCACCCUGAUUUACUGUUUAGUUUUUAUAGAGAUUAAUCACUAUGUCCUUAUUGUUCAGUUUGUAUAGAGAUUAGUCACCAUGUCCUAGUUGCCUCAGGUCCAUAUUGACUUCCAUAGGGUACAGGAAAUGGUGUUGUCAUUUAGCUAUAGCUACCUCAGCUGGUACACAAAUUGUUCUCAGGUGAGAUGACCUGAAUUCUAGCUCAGUUGACCUCUGACCCCUCCACUGUGUCCGCCCAGGUACCGCCUUGCCCCAGAGCACCGCUUCCCUGUCCCGUAUGAGGACGUGUACCGGGUGGUGAAGCACUUCCUCCAGAGGGUGGUGCUGGCCCAGUACACUGUGGACCCAGGACGCAUCGCUGUGUCUGGGGACAGCGCCGGGGGAAACCUGGCUGCAGCCGUGUCCCAGCAGGUUAGCAGUACUAUCUAUCCACUGUUGUUUUGAUCUAUGAGUAGAUGAGAUUAGGAGGAGCCAUCCAAGGCUGCGGUACAGUACAGAACAGUAGGUCUUAUGGUCCUGUGUGUGUGUGUGUGUGUGUGUGUGUGUGUGUGUGAGUGUGUAUCUGUCUGUCUGUCUGUGUGUGUGUGUGUGUGUGUGUGUGUGUGUGUGUGUCUGUGUGUGUGUCUGUCUGUCUGUCUGUCUGUCUGUCUGUCUGUCUGUCUGUCUGUCUGUCUGUCUGUCUGUCUGUCUGUCUAUCUGUGUGUGUGUGUGUCCGUGUGUGUGUGUGUGUGUGUGUGUGUGUGUGUGUGUGUGUGUGUGUGUGUGUGUGUGUGUGCGUGUGUGUGUGUGUCUACAGCUGCAGCAGGAUCCAGAACAGCAGCUGCAGCUGAAGGUCCAGGCCCUGCUCUACCCGGUGCUGCAGGCUCUGGACCUCAAUACCCCGUCCUACCAGCAGAACCAGAACAUGCCUAUCCUGCCCCGCACCCUCAUGGUGCGCUUCUGGAGUGAGUACUUCACCAGCGACAAGACCUUCUUCAGGGACAUGAUGGCCAACACUCAUAACAGCCCAGAGUCUGCUGCCCUGCUCAAGUUCGCCAACUGGAGUGCCUUCCUGCCAGAGUCCUACCGGGGGAAGUACAACUACAGCGCUCCGGUCGUGGCGUUGUCGGCGGGAGGGGCGGGGUCGGACGGGCCAUCGCGCUCCAUCGCUGACCCCCGGGCCUCGCCCCUGCUGGUCCCGGAUGCCGCUUUACGCUCGCUACCCAAGGCUUACGUGCUGACCUGUGAGUACGACGUGCUGCGGGACGACGGGGUGAUGUAUGCCACGCGCCUGCGCCACGCCGGCGUGGAGGUGACGCACGAACACUACGCCAGUGGUUUCCACGGCGCCCUCAUGUUCACGGUGUGGCCAACCGACUUCCUGAUUGGACGCACGAUGACGGAAAACUUCAUAAAAUGGCUGCAGCAUAACUUGUAG